CUCUCAGUCGGCAAUCGCGGCACCUUCCUACCUUCUGCGCACAUCUUCGGCUUACCGAAGCGAGAAGCUCGGGGGCUAGCCGCAGAGGCUAAGCUGUCAGUGACGAUCAUUGUCGACCCAGCCGGUGCCUGUCUAUGUGCUGAGCUGUGCUUCCCUACACACUGAUUGCCGGAGGAGAAAUCAUCAACAACACGGCUCCCACAAAAAAAAUCUGACUUUUCUUCCCAUGUUGAAAAUGGGACCCGAAUGAUCAAGGGAGAGGAUGGACUUCGAAGACGUGAGUUGGCCGAUCCUGGUGGCGCUCUUUUGCGUCUCGCUCCUGGUUGUGCUCACAUGGCUCCUUCAGUUCUCAAAGGCUUUGCUGAGGUCCAGGAGGGGUGGCAGAGGUGGGCAGAGCAAAGAGACGUCGUGGCAGCUGCCCCAGCGCCUCACCCACCACACCCUGACAGGAGGAGUAUGGGGCUUGCUGCUCAGGUACCGGCUGGGCCGAGGCGACUCUGAGGCAGGAUUUAAAGGCCUCCUGUCUUCACUUUUCACGUUCAGGUCAUUCAGAGAGCACUGGCAGCGAGCGUGGGUGAGAGCGCUCAACGAGCAAGCCUGCCGACAAGGGAGCGCAAUUCAAAUCACCUUCGAUGAUAGCCUUCAGCUCCCGGUGUCCGCGUCCAUCGAGCAUGUGACCUGCACGGACCAGUCAGCACACAGCAUGGUCUUGCAGUGCAAAUGUUCGGUUGACACGUUGACGUUCCCUGUGAUGGUCACUCAGCAGUCACCGGCAGCAGUCUCCAUGGACACAUACCAAGUUUCAAUGGAGGCCAUGCAGGCCCAGUUGCAGGUCUGCUUGGAAGAGGUAGAGGAAGAAGGUCUCCUGGUGUCCUGGAUGUUUUCCCAGCAGCCCCUGCUCUCUUUAUCCCUAACACCACGGCAGAGAGUUCAGAGAGAGGACACUGAGGCAGAGGUGGACGUGGAUAUGAUAGCCAAGCUGGUGGAGGAUACACUAUAUGCUACACAGCCUGCAAUGAUCCUUAACCUGAGAGCAUGUGUCUCCAGUCCUGCUUUUCCCAGAGAAAAACAAGUAGGGGGUCAAAACUCACCUAAGCAGAGCAACGCUAUCAGACGCCUUCUCGUACGCCAGCUUCAAGUCUCCAGAAUUAAAAAAGGUACACAGGCUCAUGUUGGGGAGCUGUGCUGUGUGCUGAGCCUGGACACCCCGGUGUUGGAGAAGAGAACCCGCUUCCUCACACCUUCAUCCAGCCCCAGAGCCACACUGGACUGGGGGGAGGACCUUACACUGGAUUUGCAGCCAGAAACCAAAGAACUCAAAGUUAGGCUAGUGGAGCGCAAUAGCAAAGGAGAGCAAUUCUUGCCAGGCCAUGCAUGCUUAUCUCUGGAUAUUCCGAAGAGGAGUCCCAGUGGACAACAAAAGCUUUCCAUUACACCAGGUCACGGUCUGACACCAACAGCAACAGUCACGUUGGAGAUCUUGUUCGUGGAGCUGAAUGACGUGCGCGGGUGUCAUAACGCUACCCCACUCCGCUCCUCGCUCACGCCAUCCAAAAAAGUUGACGUGGACCGUACGAUCAUGCCUGACGGCACUAUUGUCACUACGGUCACAACCAUCCAGUCGCGCCCGAAGCUGGACCGCAAACUAGGAGACUCUCCAUCCAAGUCUCCAUCUAAGGUGGAGGUUACAGAGAAAAGGCCGACAGUGCUGACAGAGAGCUUGCAGAGCCGAGCCAGCGUCAGCCCCAUGGCCAGCAAUUCCCCCAUCUCUAAUGGGCUGGAUCCUGUGGCAGAAACAGCAAUCCGGCAGCUGACCGAGUCGGCCAGUAAAACGGUGAAGAAAACGCCCACUAAGCGCAGCACCCUCAUCAUCUCUGGCGUGUCAAAAGUUCCCAUCACCGAAGACGACUCUGCUCUGUCUGUGGGCUAUGCUGCAGCCAUGGACGCUGCUCUACAGGGAGAGAACUCGCCCGCCGGGACCGCCAACCACCAUGGAGCUGCUGCACACCAAGAUGCAGAUGAAACCACACCCUCUGACGCGUCUGAGCGCCCGUCUGUGGAUGACGUGGAGUCAGAGACGGGAUCUACCGGAGCACUCGAGACACGCAGCCUAAAAGAUCAUAAAGUGGGCUUUCUCCGGAGUGGCACAAAGCUUCUGUUCCGAAGGAGAAACCGACAGAAGAACUCAAGCUUCAGCCAGUCCCACGAGGAUGUAACCAACCUGGACAACGACCCGUCCACGGCUUCCUGCUCGUCCAUCAGCCGCAAGAAAUCUGGAAGCUUCUCCCGCCGCCUCAUCAAACGCUUCUCGUUCCGCUCAUCUAAAAACAAAGGCAAAAACAGUUCUUCAAACGGAGGAGCCGGCACGCUCGACAACUGAAUUACGAACAGAGAAAGACAUGGUGCAGGCGCCAGUCGAAAGACGUUCGAAAGAGUUGUGUAAACUAAAAUAAGUUUGUGAUUUGUGCUGUUUGUUUUUUAAGGCCUUUUGUGAGACUGUCGUUUAGGGGCAAGAGGCUGAAUUUUGAUUCUUGAAAAAUAUCCAUUGUACUUGACCCGCGCAAACGAUGAGGACAGAUCGCUCAGGCAGACAUUUGCCUCAGGUUUAGGGAAAACAAAUGGUUUGUGAACUUCUGAAAGACUUUUGAUUGUCUAAACUGUUUAUUUAAUAAUAAAAAUUACUUCAAAUGGCUGCUUUUCUGGAUAUUAAGAAAGAACAACAAAGAGAGAUUGAAAUGCUGUUUCUCAUGUUCAGCACUAGGGGGCGAUGUGAACUAAUUCUUAUCAAAGCCUCCCUGUUUAUGUUGCUGUGUUUUUAUUAUUUAUUUAAAUUUCCAUUAGCUGCACUUUGGGACUUUAUCAGAUUGUUUACAGUGGCGGUGAGCGUUUCAUCAUGUUUUAUCAUUUUGUGUUUCGUACAGUCAUGACACUAAAUUAUUGCUCCUUACCAAACUGGGAGAUUUCCAUAUAAUACAUAUUAGUGCAGCUUGUACUGUGUGCUUAGUUGUUUUGCUGUAGGUAAUGGCAAUUUAGAUAAUGUUAAGCUUUUUUUUAAAUAGUGAAAGUUAAAGGCCUUUCAUUGUGGCACAGUCUUCUUUUAUAAUAUUUAUUUGUGAACAAAAAUCUAUUACACGGUUAUGUUUGGGAGGAAAUUUGCUUGUAAGUUAAGACACAGGUGAUGGAGAUAAAAUAAUUAAAGUGAUCUGUUUGUUCUUAAAUAAUAUUUACUUACUUUACAUUAAGUUAAAAAAAUGUUUCAGGGUUCAUGCAUACGAAAAAAAAAACCUCAGGGGACAUUGUUAACGCAAAUAAUUUUUCAUCUUUUCAACAACCUCCCAGAAAGUUUGUCCAACGUAGAUGUACAUGUUUUUUAGUUUCCUUAACUGCAAUAAUCCCCUUCCUUAGCAUGGAUAGAAUAGAAAACCUGGCCUAGAUAUGUAUAAAUAAUGUUGUUUAAAUGAAAAUGCUUUAAUAUGUAAAUAGUGUUUCAGUUGUGAAGGAGAAGGCCAUUUUCAUAUUGUCAUUUAAACAAGCUUUGCAACUCAAACAACAGACUUUAAGGAGGCACUGUAAUUCCCUACUUACCACAAACUACAAAGUAAAUUAAUUAAUUAAUUAAUUAAUUAAUUAAUUAACUAUACAGAUAAGUUGUCCCAUUUAGUAGAUUGAAUUUGAUCUUGUCCUCUUUUCUCCAUGGUUCUUGACUUCAGAUCCACAAUUUCCACUGCAUGACCUUAUUCUUGAUAACUUUCUCACAGAAUCAAAAAAUCAUACAGACGUCAGUGAUGUUUUAAAUUAAUCAUACAAUGCCAGAAAGGGUAUAUAUGUGGUAUUUCUAUCAGUCUGUUCACUGCUAAAAGUUUGACAAAAACCUAGGCCCAGAAUACUGUAUUUUUCUUUCACAACAGUGAAGAGAUGAAAAUCCCUUAAAUAUUUGGAGGUUUGUGCCACAAUGUGGUUACUUCAAUAUUUAAUUUAUUUUGAAUAAAUUAUUAUUAUUAUUAUUAUUAUUAUUAUUAUUUUGAAAAGGCAUGAUUUUGGGGUUCAUUUCUUACCCCUGAUGAUGCUUAUUUUCCAAUGUAACCAUGCAUUUUACUCCUAGGAAAAUAAUGUACCAGAACGCCAUGGCCAGUAAACGCAAAAAUGUGAAGAUUGUAUUUCCUCAGACAAUAAUUUUGAUAGACGAUAUGUACAUAAUUAAAAGGAUAUUCUGUGUGAUAAGUUUUAAGGUUAAACUAGGACAGUUGAUUGACAAGAUUGUUAAGAUGUUUUUGCAAGAAACCAAUAAA